AUGGAGAUCGAAGAUCUGAUCAUAGACGAUCGGCGGCGGGGUAUUUUCAGGGUCCAUCGGUCGUCCAUGACCUCCGUGGAUUUGUUCCGGCGGGAACAGGGACAAAUCUUUGACCGAUGCUGGAUCUACCUGGGCCACGAGUCGGAAGUGGAACAUCCCGGAGACUACCUGCGCCGCACAAUAGCUGGUCGACCGCUUUUCUUGGUCCGUGGCAAAGAUGAUCAGGUGCGCGUGUUCCUCAUUUCCUGUACCCAUCGGGGCGCUUUGAUCUGCCGCCGCGACGCGGGGAACGCCGAUGUCCUGCAAUGCUUCUAUCACGCUUGGUCUUUCAACACCAACGGAAAGCUGAUCGGUGUCCCCGGCGAGGAUGCCUACGGCCCUUACUUUGACAAAAGCGAGCUGGGCCUGAAGCAACCACCCAGAGUCGAAAGCUAUCGGGGCUUUUACUUCGUGAGUUUCAACCCCUAUGUCGAUGACUUGGUAACUUAUCUGGCUGGCGCUAAAGAUUACCUUGACCUGAUAGUGGACCAAGCCGAGGAAGGGAUGCGGGUAAUUCGUGGUUCCAACAAGUACACCAUGAAGGCCAACUGGAAGCUCCUGGUGGAAAACAGCCUGGAUGGAUAUCACCUGGUUCCGACCCAUCAAACCUAUCUGGAUUACAUCAGCAGUCUCGGGACCGACGACAGCGGGCAAACGGCGGCAUCCCGCAUCGUCGGCACCGCGAAAGCGCUGGGCAAUGGUCAUUGUGUGAUCGAAUCUCCAGUGCGGAACGGCCGCCCCAUCGCUCAUUGGCACCCGCUGUUCGGUGAGGAGGCCAGGGAGCCGAUCGCGCGAGUCCGUCAGCGGCUGGUGGAAAAGUACGGAGAAGAGCGGACCCACCGGAUGGCCGAUACUUCCCGAAACCUGAUCAUCUAUCCCAACCUGGUGAUCAACGACAUCAUGGCCAUCACCAUCCGGUAUUUCGAACCGGUGGCCCCCGACCACAUGGAGGUUACGGCCUGGCACCUCGUUCCGCGAGAGGAGUCGGAGUCCAUGCUGGCCACUCGAUUGGACAGCUUCCUGACCUUCCUGGGACCGGGCGGCUUUGCCACGCCGGAUGAUGUGGAGGCUCUGGAAUCCUGCCAAGCCGGCUUCCGCGCCACCGAAACCGAGUGGUCGGAUAUCUCCAGGGGUAUGCUCAGUCCUGCCAAAUCGACGGAUGAGCUUCAGAUGCGGGGAUUCUGGCGGCAAUGGCACGCGAAUAUGCAAGGGCUGAGUCAUACCGACGUGCAGGACGGGCCGGUAACGGAAACCGAAGCCGUGCCGGCUUUGGCUACAGACGACUGA